CUGAGCCGCGCGAGCGUCGUACAGUAGUGUCAGACAUGGCGGCGGAGCUACAGCCCGAGUGGAUCUGCUGUCUCCCUGCUUAUUGGAGUUACGGGGUGACUCGGGAUGGACGUGUCUUCUUCGUCAACGAAGAAGCCAAGAGCACAACCUGGCUGCAUCCAGUGAGCGGCGAGGCGGUGAUAACCGGCCACCGGAAAACUCCAGAUCUACCCACUGGGUGGGAAGAAGGAUAUACUUUUGAGGGUGCAAGGUGCUUUAUCAAUCACAAUGAGCGGAAGGUGACCUGUAAGCAUCCUGUCUCAGGCUUACCCUCACAAGACAACUGCAUCUUUGUCAUCAACGAACAAUCUUCCUCUAAAGUGCCAGCGAAUGAGAAGAAGGAACAAGCACUUAACAUCAUGAGUGAGGCCUCCAACUACACAGGUGGCUCGGACUAUGCCGCUAACCCCGGUAGCCCAGCAGGAAGACCCUCAAGGCCUUCCAAAAAGAUUCAUAAUUUCGGGAAGAGAUCCAACUCUAUCAGGAGGAAUCCCGGUGCCCCAGUAAUGAAGAAAAACUGGCUUUAUAAACAGGAUAGUACAGGGAUGAAGCUGUGGAAGAAAAGGUGGUUCGUGCUGUCGGACCUUUGCCUCUUCUACUACAGAGAUGAAAAGGAGGAGGGGAUACUGGGCAGCAUCCUCCUGCCGAGCUUUUAUAUAUCUAUGCUGUCUGUGGAUGAUCACAUCAACAGAAAAUAUGCCUUCAAGGCAACACAUCCCAACAUGAGGACAUACUAUUUUUGCACAGACACAAACAAGGAAAUGGAGUCUUGGAUGCAAGUAAUGACAGAUGCUGCCCUUGUGCAUUCAGAGCCGGUCAUAAGGUUGGACAAACUAAAAGUGGAGCAGUGCGGCCCUCAAGAGAUCAACCACGUGGCCAACAACAGGCCACCGCUCACACAGCCCGAAAUCCAGAACAACGAACGCAACCGAGAGGUCGACCUCGAGUGCACUUUGUCAGUCAACCUCGACGCGGCAGAAGAAGAGAGGAAGCAGCGAGAUGCUGAGCGCUACGGCUUCCAUAAAGAGGGGGUGGUGCAGGAGCGUCCCCUCACCAAGAUCAACAGCAUCAAACUUCAGCCCGCCCAGGCAGCGGCUAUCAAAGCCAACAUUGCCUCGCCACAGACCCCAACGGAGAUGGAUGGGCCCCAUCGAAGCCCGCAACUUAACGGAUCUGGUGAGCAGUUUCCAGCGGAUCGAACCAGAGUCCCUCCUCAGCAGAGUCCCAACUAUGAGCCGGAACGCAACCUGAGUCGUACCAGCUCUAUGCAGCAACUGGAGCAGUGGGUUCGAACACAAAGGGUGCGCAGCCAGGACGACGACACCAGGAGUGUCUCGUCGUACCAGACACUGCCUAGAAACAUGCCAAGCCACCGGGUCCCCUACAUGCCUCAGUAUGCAGAUGGCUACCGCAGCAUGCCCAGGAAUAGCAUGGCACAGCGGGACAGCAUCUGCAGCAUGUCGCCGUCGAUGUACGAGCAGGUCUUGGGUUCCAUGCCGGCCGACAAGCGGCGCUCCAUGCGCGACGAUACCUUGUGGCAGUUGCACGAGUGGCAGCAGAGGCAGGCGUACACCAGGCCGCCGGGGCUCUACGGCAACAUGGCCAGUCCCAGGACCAUGAUCAACCUGUCGGACCACGCCGCACCGAGCCACUCCAUCCCCCCCUCACCCUCCCACGGCUCGCUGUCCAUGUACGGUGGCUACUCUCCGAUGCGAUCCUACAACAUGAACAGCGGUCACUCUGAGGUCUCCUCCCCCGUUUAUAGAAGAGACGCGAGCAUCGACAGACGUCAAAGGCCGCAGCACAACAAGUAUGCUUACCCACCUGACAGGAGGUCCAUGCCCGCAGGGAUCCCAGUUCAAACUAUCACUGCCCAGACCCUGCAAGGCAAAACACUGAGUCAAGAUGACUACAGAGGACACGCCUACACGGUCAUGCCAGGAGAAAUGGACAUUGAUAGCAAACUGAGCCUGCUAUGUGAGCAGGAUAAAAUGCUGGGGACACAGGAGGAAAAACUUCAGCAGCUGUACAGAGAGAAGCACACCCUUGAGACGGCGCUGCUGUCCGCCAGCCAGGAGAUCGAGAUGGGCUGUGAUAACUCUGUUACCAUGCAGAGCAUCAUCCAGCAGCGAGACUUACUGCAGAACGGUCUGCUCAGCACCUGCAGAGAGCUGUCCAGAGUCACUGCUGAGUUGGAGUGCUCGUGGAGGGAGUACGACCAGCUGGAGGGAGAUGUGACUCUGGCUAAGAACAACCUGCUGGAGCAGUUAGAGGCACUGGGAAGCCCUCAGACGGAGCCUCCCAGCCAGCAGCACGUCUACAUCCAGAAAGAGUUGUGGAGGAUUCAAGAUGUGACGGAGGCCCUCAAUAAACACAGAGCUCAGAGAGAUGCUGCUGAUGGGAUGGGGUUCUAUGGGCCCAAGAACAACUUCAGUAAGCACAUAAACGAGGGUCCUGACUACAGGCUGUAUAAGAGUGAACCAGAGCUCACCACAGUAGCUGAAGUGGAUGAGAGUAAUGGAGAGGACAGAUCGGAACAUCCGUCUGACAGAGAACAUCCCGGAAACAAAGGAAUAUCCUACCCAGUUGGCAUCGUCCCACCCAGAACCAAAUCUCCGGUGCCUGAGUCGUCCUCCAUCGCCUCAUAUGUUACUCUAAGGAAGAGCAGGAAGCCUGACCCCAGGAUGGAGCGUCCACGCAGCGCAGUGGAGCAGCUGUGUGCUGGGGAGAGUGGUCGACCCAGGAUGAGUGUAGAGGAGCAGCUGGAGAGGAUCCGCCGCCAUCAGCAGGGGGCCCUCAGGGAGAAGAAGAAAGGCCUCAACAUCCGGGGCGGCGGCCAGGGCAACACACCCUCCCGCAGUCACUCGUUUACUAAAGGCACCCGUGGCAUGCAGACCCAGAUGAGACGCAGAGAUGAGGUGAUGAGCUUUGACAUUCAGGCGCUGGAGGCCUCUCUCAGGGAGCAGGAGGUGGUGAGGGAGCAGGAGACGCCCGCUGAGGAGAUUGCACGUCUUAGAGAAGCCUCGCACGCUGACCACUUUAAUUUGGACCGAGAGCUUUCUGUGCCUGACAAAGUGCUGAUUCCUGAACGUUACAUUGAGUCGGACCCUGAGGAGGCUCUGAGCCCCGAGCAGGAGGCUGACAAGCAGAGGAAAGUCGACCGUAUCAAAGCUCUUAUGGUAAAAAACAGUAUGCAUAACGCGUUGCAGAGCACGGGUCUGAGCCCAGAGGAGGAGAAUGAGGAGGAGGUGACCCUACAGGAGAAGGAGAAGAUGAUUAAUAUCUCGUACGAGCUGGCAGCUGAAGCCUCCAAACGCAGCAAGCUGGUAGCAGGUAAGUCUCUGCAGAGAAUGGUGGGCUGCUUGUUCUUACUUUAUGUUGUGCUUAAUCAACAUGUAUCUACUUCCAUUGUGCACGUGUUUGGUCAUUUAUCAUUGCUGUCCACGUUUCUCCAUUAAUUCCAUUGACUUCAUUGAUUCUUUGUGGUUUUUGGCUGUUAGCUACACACUCAAUUUGCUUUUGUUAUUUCUUUUUUGCGCGUGUCAUUGUGUGCUCAUCAUGUUGCUCUGUUUUUGUUUGCAGUGAAAAGCCUGUCAUCCUCUUCCCCACCCCCUCCACAAUCUCCUAACACACCCCCUCAGCUCGCUGAUGGGUCUCACUUCAUGUGUGUGUAGUAGCACCAGUAAGGGCCUUCAUCAACCUGUUUUUGUCCAUAAUCACAAUGCUAAAGUGGAUUCGUUUUUGUUUGUUGUGUAUAGAGGGGGGGAUCAGCAUGAAGGGAUGCAUGCACAUUUGUAUUCAAGGAAAGGAAAUUAGUCAUGUGUUUGUUAAGCUGCUUUCAGAUCAGCACUGAACUCCGGUUAAUGUCCUGAAAUUAUCUGGAGCUGCUGUAUCUGAGAAUGCAAAUGUCCAAGUCAGAGGCGCCGGACAAUCUCUGGAGUUUCUCCUGCCAGCCCACUCGUAAAAAUCAGGAACAUUUCCAAGUGAGCCAUGUGAGAAUACAGCAGGUUAAUGUCCGGAGGAUUCACCAUGAGCGAGUGGGCAUGUUGAUGAAGUUUCUAACACACGACAGACACAAAACAGAAAAAAAAACAAGAGAAUAAAAAUAACUCAUUGUGAAAAAGAGGCAUCACAAAUGUAGAAGACGCCGUCAAAGUUAUUAACUUGGAAAGACAACAAGAUUCCAGAACUUUUGGUGAUAAAGGAAGACGAUGGUGUUUAUGUCCUGUAAACAAAGCCACGUGAAUUUAUAGUUUAACUCCUCCAUUCUGCAUCACACCUCCGCUGAAAGUCCCAGAGAUUUCAUCUUGUUGUGAAAGUGUCUGACCCGGAUAAUGUCCCACUGCAUUCUUCAUAUGUGACCGACAAAGUCCAGAGAAAGUCUAGACCCCAUUCUCAGGACUUUAUCCGGAGUUCGAGUCUGAAAGCAGCCGUUGUAAUUUGUAUUGUAGCUUUAGCUGUAGCCACCACUUGUACUCAUCCUGUGCAUUUCUUUGAGUCUGUGUAGUUACUGACAGUAUUUGUUGUUGCCUGCUGAUGAACCUUAAAAGGACAUUGAAUGGAAUAUUUACUGUUUUCUCGAUUUCCCCUACUGCAGCACAGGCUCUGGCUUCAGUAAAAACCUACACAUGAAGGAAACAGCAGUGGAAGUAUAAAGAUGAACCUGUAAACCCAAGGACAUCAGCACAAGGCCCACGGCCCACAGAGAGUGACACUUUCCACUCGGUCUACACCUGUGACUUCUGUACGCUCACUGUGACGUCUCAAGCUCCUGUGCCACGAACCACACCUUUCUCUGUGACACUUCUCUGCAAUCAUCUUCAGACCUUUAACGUCGCAGCUUCCUUUUCAGUUGUUUUACAAGGCUUUUAAGUUUAAUUUUAUUAUUUAUAUGGUUUUAUUAGGUCCUUGUUUGAAUAUGGGCCGAUGUCUUUGUGUAUAUGAGGCUAACAGACCGAGUCCUGUUUUUGCAUUGCCUAAUUUCCAUGUGUUCAGAUCAUUUUAGCUCACUUAAAACUUUUAUAAUCCACUAAAUUUGUUUUUCAAAAAUUGGUCGUCAGACAACCGUUCAUAUUUAUCCAUUAGCUAUCAAGAACAUAUGUGGAUGCGAGACAUAAAUAGACAAACUGUGCAUCCUUCCAUUGUAAUGAAAGGAGGAGCCACGAUCUGGCUGCAGACUAAGAUUAUUUGUAAUUUUUUCUUAUUUCUAGGUUGUAAUUAUUUAAUAACGGGAUCCUCUGCAAUCCCUCUCGCGCUUUUGCCGACACUUAUGUGAAUGUUCUAGCCUAAGUCAUUCUAUACUGGGUUUUUUUGUGUGUUUUUUGACAGAGAGAUAUUUAAACUGACAGGAGAAAAAAUCUGAUUUUGGUUCUAUUUUGUGAUAUUUUGGUUUGAAAAAGAAGAAAUAAGACAAUAUUAGCACAUGUAAAAAGCAAUAAAAUAUGUUUUGUGGAUCCAGGAUGACUUUUUUUGUGUACAAAGUGUAAUUAUCAGAGGUUUACUGUGUAUAUAAUGUACAUGGUACAGCAGGAUGGGAGAAUGUAUCCAACAUGAGGUUACAUACUAUAUUUGAUUUGAAAAUGUUCAUAUCCCAUCUGUUUUAUAACAUGUGAAAUAAAUGUUGCCAUUUUUAA